AUUAAAUUAAAUUAUAUUAUAUAAUAAUCUGCAAGGUUGAAUUAUAUUCGAUAAUUUUGUGCUGAAUAAAUUUCAUUACUUUUUUUGAGGAAAUAUUCAGUGUUACGUAGAAAAUUGAAAGUGUCCACAAACAAAAGCUCAAAAUCGUAUUGCUGUUCCUGCAGCCACUAAAAAAUGCAGAAUUCAGGAAACCAAAAAUCAGAAAAUUAAAUUCACAAUUUCAAAUAAUUACAAAUUCAUAUUCAAAUUAGCUAAUGGGAAGCAGAUGAUCAUUAUCGAUUAAUAUUAUGCAAUUCUAUCAUACAACUAUUUGAAUUCUGAAGAAAUCGUCCUUUUCUGCCAUUGUUGUAGAAGCACAAGAACUUCUCAAUGCUACUUUUCCCGCCAAAACCAUCAUUUUCUCCCUCUUCCCUCAAAUUAUUCACAAGAACCCAUAAUCCCAAAAUUCUCCUUCAAAAUCUAUCUGGGUAUCCGAGAAAAUAUCUAGGUAUUGUUUCUUGUUGCAGGAAUUCCGGUUGCUUAGUUUCGGAUGAUGGGUCAGAAGCGGAAUUGGAAAGGAUGGUGGCGCUGUUGCCGGAAGAGAUACGGUGUCGUUUGAGGAAACAUCCGGAGUUGGAUAAAUUGAUGGAAGUGGUUAUGGAUUUGGGUCGAACACCGUUAGCCCGUUUUCCUUCUGGUGAUUAUGAAUUGUCGGAUUGUCCAAUUACAUUUCAGGACCUUGAAUUUGCUACUUCUCAGGUUGGUGAUUUCGCAAUUGAUAACCGAGCGGGCCUUAGUCGCACAUUACAUCGGAUCAGUGCGAUCAGGAAUAGGAAGAAUGCUAUUAUCGGUCUGACUUGCCGUGUAGGAAGGGCCAUCACGGGAAGUGCAGAUUUGUUAAGAGAUUUGGUCAAAGAUGGAGCUUCAUUGUUGCUGAUAGGGCCACCUGGAGUGGGGAAAACUACAAUUAUUAGAGAAAUAGCUCGCAUGCUUGCUGACGAUUAUGAGAAACGUGUGAUGAUUGUUGACACUUCAAAUGAGAUUGGUGGGGAUGGUGAUAUACCUCAUGCUGGUAUUGGUAGUGCUAGGCGAAUGCAAGUGCCUAAUGCAGAUAUGCAACAUAUGGUAUUGAUAGAAGCAGUAGAAAAUCACAUGCCUCAGGCGAUUGUGAUCGAUGAAAUCGGCACAAAGCUUGAAGCAAUGGCUGCAAGUACCAUAGCUCAGCGUGGAAUACAGCUUGUUGCCUCAGCUCAUGGAAUCACAAUUGAGAACUUGAUCAAGAAUCCUGCGUUGGAUAUGCUUAUUGGUGGAAUACAAAGUGUCACUCUGGGUGAUGAAGAGGCUAGUAGGAGGCGUGUUCAGAAAACGAUUCUGGAGAGGAAAGGACCCUCAACAUUUCAUUGCGCAGUUGAGUUAAUUUCAAAGUCUGAGUUACGUGUGCACCGAAGCUUAGAAGCUACUGUCGACGCCAUCCUUGCUGGCCGAUGCCCAGACUUCACAGUACGAAAAGUGGAUUUUCAUGGACUCCAAGGAAUGGAAGUUGGAGAACCGUUGCUUUCCGACUCCAAUGGGAAUAAUGUGCUAGUUGAACACGAAAAUGUUCCAUUUGAAACCGCAGAAAUUGCUGAAAAUAAUCACCUUGUUAGUUCUGCCACACCUCAUGAAGAGCGUUCUGAUGAUGGGAAACCCCUUUGUAUCUUUGUCUAUGGUAUCUUGGAAGCAACUGUGGUCCAAGGGAUCAAAAAGUUGAAUUUGGAUGAUGAAGUCGAGUUGACUGAUAAUAUGAGUGAAGCAGAUGUACUACUAGCUCUACAAUCCAAGCUUAAGAAGAAUCCAGGGAUUCAAGCUGUUGCCAAAUCUCAUGACAAACCUCUAUAUGUGACAAAGACUAGCUCUUUGGUCCAAAUAACUAAGGCACUUCGUACAUUAAUGGCUGACUACGAGGACUCAUCAAUGAGUUUUGAAUCUGAGGGAAGAUUUAAAAGUUCAGAAAGGAUUGAUGCCCUUGAGGAAGCACGAAUUGCUAUUGAGAAAGUUGUUAUCCUCAAAGGGGAAACUGUUGAGCUAUUGCCGAGACCGUCCCACAUAUUGUCUCUUCAAGUGGACCUAGCUCAAAAAUAUCAGCUGCAGUCGGAGAUCGUAGGUCUGGGACCAGAAUCACGCCUUCGUAUAAUUCCUGUCUAUACAAACACCAACGGGAAACAAAAGGAUAGAGAGGUAGCUGAUGAUGUAACCACCAUUGACGAAUCCCUGGACAUCGAUGACAAUGCAAAUGGCUCAUUAUACACUCUUGAUCGGUUACCUUUAUUGCCAGACUAGCCAUCAAGUUGACAACAAAUUUAUUCCAAUCUAAUAAGUGAGACUUUCUUACUGUAUAUUAUUUGGAACCAGUUAAUCAAUCUGUUUAAUCUCUCUCUAUAUCUCUGCUGUUUCUUUCAUAGAUCAAAGAUCAGAUUUAAUGUCAAGAUUAGGUCUAUUUUUCUCCUAAAUAUGAGCAAUUAUCAUGUCUAUAGCCUUUGUGUAAUAAAAUCUGUAUGUUUCUGUCUUGAAUCUGAUUAAUUAUCUAAUUGUUUCGAAUAUAGACGUUCAUUUUGACUUCUAUGAAUGGAAAUACUAGUUUGACUAA